AUGCGUCUUGAAUGUCCUUCGUUUCGACCUGCAAUGUCUAUUACGGCCACAAGCAACAUAGCUGAGAAUGUCAUCAGUAUAGAUGCUCUCGCUCUCAAGCAAGUCGACGAGGAAGUCCAGUAUGCCAUCGCAAAUCACCAAUCUUACCUGAGGCCAAGAAGCAAGGAGGCCUUCACCCUUUACUUCUUCCUUGUAUUUGCAUUUUUAAAUGCAACAUCAAGUGGUUUCGAUGGCAGUCUGAUGGGCUCAAUCAACGCAGAAGCAACCUACAAGAAUUUCUUUCACCUGAAAGAGACGGGCUCUUCCACAGGCUUGGUUUUCGUCUUGUAUAACGUUGCUUCAAUGGUUGGAUGUGCUUUUGGUGGACCUAUCAUGGAUUACUUUGGCAGACGAAAGGGAAUGCAGUCUGGAUGCCUCUUUACCCUUGGAGGUGCAGUAUUAGCGUCAGCAGCUCAGACAUUGCCUCAAUUCAAAGCUUCUCGAUUCUUGCUUGGCUUCGGCAUUAUACUUCAGACGCUUUCUGCACCAGUAUAUGUUACAGAGAUUAUUCCACCUCAAUGGAGAGGAAGACUGGGAGGAUACUACAACACGUUCUACUUUGUGGGCUCAAUAACUGCAACUGGCGUCGUAUAUGCUACUUCUCGGUAUACGACAACCCUUGCGUGGAGACUACCCCUGGCGCUGCAGGUCAUUCCUCCUACGAUUGUCUUCAUCGGCUGCUUUUUCAUUCCGGAGUCUCCUCGUUGGCUUGCAUCGAGAGAUCGUAUGGAUGAGGCAGCAAAGAUAAUCUACCGCUUUCAUGGUGGAGAAGACAAUGAAGUAGCAAAACUCGAAGUUAGAGAGAUUGCCUUGCAUGUCAAGCUCAGCAAGCCUCAAACUCCAGGAGAGUAUAUCAAGGGACUUUGGGAUUACAGAGAGCUCUUCAACUCCCAUUCCGCCAGAUGGAGAACUGCUAUGAUUACCCUCCUCACUUUUGCUUCUCAACUCACCGGCAAUAACAUUCUCACUUUCUUUCAACCUACCAUGCUUGCAGCUGUUGGUGUGACUUCCGUACGAAGAAAGUUAUUAUUGACUUUCGCGUCCUCAAUUGUUUCUUGCUCAGGAGCUGUCAUUGGGAGCGCCACCAAUGAUUGGAUUAUGAGAAGAACCAGGUUCGUCUGGGGAUCCUUCUCUCUGGCUUCAGCACUGGCCCUCGUGGCCGGCAUGUCAUCUCGAGUAGCAGCUUCCACUGCUGCGGGAGAAACUCCUUCAAAAGCGAUUUCCGGAGUCGGCAUAUUUGCCAUUUUCCUCUUUGGUUGGAUUUUCAGUUUUGUGUAUACGCCGAAUCAAUCUUUGUACUGCACCGAAGUGCUGAAUCAAGAAAUUCGAGCAAAGGGUAUAUCCUUGCACGCUCUUGAAAGUAAUUUGGCAACCAUCUUCUUUACAUACACCACUUCCAUUGCUUUAGGAGACAUUAGUUGGAAGUAUUACUUUGUCUGGAUAGCUGUGGACGUCGUUGCCGGAUUUCUUUGGUUCUUCUUUGGUGUUGAGACUGUAGGUCGCACGAUUGAAGAGCUCGAUACUUGUUUUGAGGCCAGGUUCCCACCGAAGGCGUCGUGGAAGAGGACCAAGUUGGUCAAGAAUGAGAAUGAGGAGCUUGGUGUUAAGCUUGCAGAUUUAGAAGCGUGAGAUAUAGUGAAUGAGGGAAUUGUGUCGCAUGUUCAGGAGUUGAGGAGACAAUGAGUAGAUGUUUCAAUCAACGAUGUUUACUCAGGGAUUGAUCUCAGUUGAUUCUACAUCAUUGAUGAACUUCUUAACGACCAUCGUUGCAAAUAAAGUGAUAGACUGCACGGAUUCUUUGAAGCAGUGUAUAGUUAUUUUGCACAUACUAUCAAAUGUCCUCGAGGCCGUUGG